CCCGGGAAAACCAUCCCAAAGCACAAGAGCACGCAGUGCAGCACUAGAUCAGAUCAUCACUCCUUGCUCACUAUCACACUGUAGUAACCAAUCACCAAUGGCUCCCAAGCUUUCCCUCUUCCUUGCCGUCAGCCUCCUCUUCGCCGCGGCCGCGCACGGCUGCGCGCCGUACUGCCCCGGCCCGGUCGUCCCGACGCCACCGGUCGUGCCGACGCCGACGCCGACGCCGUCCACCCACAGCCACGGGCGGUGCCCGAUCGACGCGCUCAAGCUGAAGGUGUGCGCCAACGUCCUGGGCCUCGUCAAGGUCGGCCUGCCCCAGUACGAGGAGUGCUGCCCGCUGCUGCAGGGGCUCGUGGACCUCGACGCCGCCGUGUGCCUCUGCACCGCGCUCAAGGCCGACGUGCUCGGCGUCCACCUCAACGUGCCCGUCAGCCUCAGCCUCAUCCUCAACAAGUGCGGCAAGUAUUGCCCAUCCGACUUCACUUGCCCCAACUAAAGCUGAGGAGAAUGCACGCUUGUACUCAGUCUCGCGCUUCCAAGUUUCCUUCAUUGCUUGCAGCGGCGGCCCGUCUGGGCAGUCGCACGAUCGAAUAAGUUUCAGUUUGUCGCUAUAAAUUAUUUCCCUGCAUCUUAUAUCAUUGUCGAGGUCAUUUAUCCUGCUAUGGAUUUGUAUUUUUUUUUUUUGCGAGGAGUUAUGAGUUGUACUUGUAUUACCUUUUUGUAAUUGUUCAUUCGUUUAAGCUGUAAAGCACCGUAUUGUCAAUAAGAAUGCUUGUUACUUAA